UAUUUUCAUAAGUGAUGUUGCCAAGGAAGAUGAAGAACUGUUCCGCCUCUGAUGUGUGUUUAAUACCGUGUCUAGAUGUGCAACGUAUUUAGUAGAAAAUGUUUCAUUUCAUCCGGAUAUUAUCGUAAGAAUAAAGAUUCUACUUUUUGAAUACAUGUGGAAUCUUCUUUAGCUCCACGCUUGGUACCGGGCAAAUAAACAGCGCUGGUUUCAAUGUUACAAAUUGGUCUCGAUCAGUAUCUACCACGAUAACCGUAGCGUUAUUCUGGUAACGAUCCCAGAGUAGAAACGACAAGAAGAUCAGGCACAAUAGAGCUCCAAGGAUGCAGAAGACGGUGAGAAAUCUUGUAAGACGAAUAUUUCGUAAAUUAUAUUGCAAUUUUAUUAUCUCGUUAGUGUGGAUAUCGUCGAAGGUACUUACGUCUCAACGGGGUGUCUAUUUGGUGCUACCAGAUGAUUUAAGCCAUGUACAGACGAAGAACUCGCGAAUUCUACAAAAUAUUUUCCUGCGUUCGAUUUCGCACUGAUAAUUGGCAUGCCGAUAUGAUUUGGAUAAUGUCCGAAUACGGAUUUCCUUUGUUUCAACGUAGCUCCCCAACGAGCUUGGAAGUCCGAACAGCAGAUCUUAUUAUGAACGAAGGUGAACUUGGUCUUAUGGGAAUCCGGGUUGUCCGGGACGUGGGCAGAUGCGAAUUCCACGGGAGAUUCUGACGUCAGCAAGAUAAUGGAACGACCAGAUACAGAAACGGAGACUGAGGAAUGCUACCCGGUGCAGAAAUACCACGACGUUCGACGAAAACAGGGUGAAUCGCAUCACGAUUUGAAACAUAAGUGUUGUUUAAAAUGUAACCAGCCAUGGACUGAGGUCGGGCCAUCGGAAUUUGGAAGGAGGCGUAGAAGAACAAAAGAUCAGGUGCAACACUGUCCUUCUUGUCACUGUCCGCCUGAAACAGUGAAAUAUUCGAUCGGAAGAACAAACUGUUCGAAAAACAUGGAUGCGGUUUUGAACGAAUACGAAUUCUUGUUGACGACUCCGACGAGUCAAACGUUCAAGCAUCAGAGAUCUCAGAGCAACUCGCUGUCGCCGAGAUUAUACGCAUCGUCGCCUUGCAGCAACGCGGCGUAUGCUCAUUAUCGUUCGCGGAAAAGGCAACCGAGCAAUCAUCGACGUCAAUGUAGGAACGAGCAGGAGCAAGUGCUUUCAAUUACGAAGAACACGCUACAUUCCGGUGGCAACGAUCACGACGGUUUUUAUUGCGAAUAUCCACGGUAUAUGAAAAACAGCUAUAAGAAAGAGAGCUACUGUAUGAAGAACGGUGAUCAGGCAAUGACAGGAGUUAUGAAGACCAUAGACGUGGACAGCGAGACGAUGGAAAAGUAUAUGCGACACAAAAAGGAGCGAAUUUUGAAGUCAGAAUCACGAACAAGAGAAAGACACCACGUUGAUAAAAUGAAUAGGAUAAACGCGGAUGAAAGAUACGAUUUAGGAGGAUAUAAAGACGACAGCUGGUUAUACUCCAAGGGUAGAUUGAGAUUCAAUUUCCAACACGAGAAUGAAAAUAAAGUAGAGGAGGGAGGUUUGGCUGAGGAUCGGAACGUACAGGGGAACAACAGAUCUAGCGUGCAACCGAAUAAACUUUCUAUCCUAAAAGGCAGCAGUUCGCAGACUUCGUCGAAAAAUAAAAACGUCGAAGAUGUGUCCAAGCAUAAAAUUCCGACAAUUGACGCAAACGGUUAUUCGAAAGAGGCAGAUUUGUCAAAAGGAGCCGAGAUUUGUAAACCGUGUCAGCGAUCCGUUGUUCAACAGAAUUCUUCUCGUAGUCCUGGCAAAGAAUCGACCAGUAACUCUGAAGAAAGUAGAGACGAAAGCUCGUGUUGCGAAUUAGUUAAAGAGGAAGACGAAGAAUCUCCUUCUAGAAAGAAUAUUUACGCAGGUGGAGAUCUCGAUCUCAAUUUUGAUCUUCGUGCGACUAAAAGUUACAUCGUUGAUCUAAUUGAUCGGGUUCUCAGCAAGAAAUUCGCCAUCUCGCCGGGUCAGCAAAAGAAUAUAGAAUCGAAUCGAGAAUUAACGGAACAAGGAUUCUCCAUAGAAAUAAUACGUGCAUUGCGUGAUGACUGUUGCGAGAUAUUUGAAAAGGAUCUGUCGAGCCAUCACGAAACACCGGCUGAAUGUAUAAAACGCUUGAAAACCCUUCGGUGGAAACACAUGCAACACAUUCAGGACGAGUUUAAAAAGCUGUGUGAUCUUCAAAAGUUUCUAGACGAGUAUUCACCGAGGCAGUCGUUACCCUCGUUUCAAUCUCUUUCGGGUGCGAUCGAACAGAAGGUGGAGGAACGGCAGCAACAGCAAGCGCAACAGCAACAGCAACAACACGAGGAGAAACAGAAUUUGGGUACGAUAUCGUGAAGAUUUCAAGGGUCGAUUUAAUGGUGUCAAAUUUUCACGAUUAAAUAGCUCUCUAUUAUCGAAGAGAUGCAUUUCUA